UGUAUUUCUACUUUCGCUAUCAUUUCCAAGUAUGUAAAGUACGACGAACAGAUACUUACGGAAAUGGCAACUAGAGGUUCCAAUAGUCCUGCUGUCAAUAUUCUUACCAUACAAUUCCUAGAGGACGAAAAGGACAGAUUUCUUUUCAGGUACGUACUGGAAACAAAUUUUGAAGAGGCAAAAAAGGAACUGGAAAGAUACCAAAUUUCUCUUUAUCGACUUAAUCACGGAAAUGACGAAACGAUAUACAUUGCAAAACCAGAGCCCAUGAAUGAUGACAGCGCUUGGAAAUCAGUACUCUACGGGGUUUUGGUGGGGUUCACACACGGUUGUAAAACAGUUAAAAAGCAAUAUCCGGAAGCUUAUUACAAAACAUAUCUUUCUUCAAAUGAAAUAAAAGUUUACCAUGCAGCAAAUAAGGAUUUUAUUUGGAUCAUAGGAAAGAAAGAAGAAGUCAAUAAAGUUUGCCUAGAAAUUGAACAGAAAAUUCACCAAACAACAACGGGGACGUCGGCGGUACAGAUAGAACCAAAGACAUACUUAUCUUGCUCCUCGGGAAACAUAGCUAUGGCCCAAAUUCCUUUAUCACAAGAAGAACAAGCAUUGCUUUAUUUACACGGCAUGCUUGAUAGUGCAGUUUUCAAAAAUGAUCAUAUUAUCGUUGAUAAGUAUGACAAACGCUUUGCAAUUUCUAUUCAACUGGACGAUGUAAAUGCAAGUGAAAAGAUGCAGUUAGAGAGCGACAUUAAGCAGGUGAUUGCAAACAAGAGAUCAGAAUUAUUUUCAUCAGAGGUCAGUUUUACUGCUGAAGAAUUAGUAUUUCUUGACAGAGAACAUGUUUUUGGAUUUGUUAAUAAUCGUCUCAACUUGACAUGCUGUCACCACAAUCAGCGAACGUAUAUAACAUGUGCAUGGUACAUAGGCAAAUGUACUGUGAAAAUGUAUUCCAAUUCGGAAAACAACCUUCAUAAGAGCUGUGAAAUUAUCAGGAAAGCAAUCAUAACAGACUCGUUAUCCAUACCAGAAAACUGCCUUUCUUCCCCUAAGGUCAAACAAAUAAUAGCUGACUUACUUUCAAAAUACGGACAGAAGAUAGACGUACAUCUAGAUUUUUCAACAUCAAUGCUACGUUGGUUAUAUACACAAGAUAUGCAGUUUAAAACGAAUAUCUUGGAAAACUUACUCGUUACAAGAAAUUUCGAUUUCUCUGAAAGAAAAAAAUACGAGCUCUGCAAGCCUUUAUUCACAGUGUUCCAGGGAAGAAUUCAAAAUUGGUUUUGCGUCAUCUUGAUCGAAGGCAAAUCAGAAAUUUAUCCUUAUCGUUGGAUUAUAAAAGGUCUCCACAUAGAUGUUCCCGCAGCUAUUGCAACGCUUUCAACAUUAGUACAAAAAGCACACAAUAAAGAGAAGACAUAUCAAACUGACGACAAUGUAAACACUAUACAAAAAUAUGUUAAUAUUUUGAGGAAUAAUUCAUCAUGCAGUGUGACGACAGAAGACGUAAAAUCACAUCUGAUAGGAAACGCCUUAGACCUUAGAAGAGAUGUACUUUGUCACGAAUGGAAACUUUUGAACGGUAACUUUAUCAAAAUAAUAAACUCAGAAGAUGAAAGUUGGGUGUCCAAACAGUCUGCUGUAUUUAAAAUCAUAGUCAAAGACAAAACAUCAUCGUGUGACUGCGUUUAUCAACCAGAAGGUUCUGCUAUUAAAUUAUAUAUACCUGAAUGGACAAGUAACGGAAAAGCAAAACAUACGGUUUACUCUCUCUUAGACAGCUUUUAUAAGGGAAUUUCAUCGGAAAAAACAAAGACGGACAUUUCUCAUGUACUGUUCUUAAGUGAACUUACCAAGCAAGGAUGGCCUUUGGUGAAGUUCUUGAAAGUAUUUCUGUGCGCUUUGAAUAAAAACGGUGUGUCAUCUCCAGUUAUCAUCCUCGAGUCUAAGCGAGAGAUUUUUGAAACAGUUUCCGACAUUCUUCAGAAGUUUGCCAUUCACGCAAGUCGUCCACCACGAAUACAAGUUACUGUUAAAACUGGUGAAUUGGCAAAACUGAAGUAUGAUGCAAUUGUUAACAGUACACAAUCAAAUCUGAAACUCAAUUGUGGAUCAUUGUCCAAGUCAAUAUUUCUCGCAGCAGGUAACGAAAUCCAAAGUGAAUGUUCAACAAUUAUGCAGGAGCGUAAACAAAAACGAGUUCUUUCAACAGAAGUAGUUGUUUCAAAAGGACACAACUUAGCAUGUAAAAAUGUUUUCCACGGUGCACUCGAUUCAUGGGAAAAACAGACAUUACCUGAGUUCGUCUACGGUUGCCUUCGUGAAGCAGAUAUAAGAGCGUUAUCAUCAAUAGGCUUCCCAUCUCUUGGAAGCGGAAAUAAAAAGUAUCCACCCGAAGAAGUUGCUAAUAUUAUGUUCCAAACUGUACAAAAGUAUGACAUCGAAAGAGAUAAAGAGGAUCUAAAUGAAGUGGAUUUUAUCAUUUACGAAAAAGACCAACGAGUAUUACAGGCUUUCCGAACUGCAGAAGACAAACGCAAAUCAGGAUAUGUCAAAGUAGAAAAGAAAGAAAAAUGCCCGAAUCCUCACACUGUUAAAGUUAUUAUAAUAGGAGAGAAUGAAGCUACAGUCAAUCACAUAUUCACUUGGUUUGAGGAAAACUUGAAGGCUAACACUAUGAUGAAGGCAUACAAAGAGGAGGAACAAACGAAUUGGCAAAAUCAAAAUGUUGUAAAAGCUUCCACUACCAUAUCAAAACAGAGUAAAGCUUGUAGUAUGUCUGUUGAUGUAGGAACUAGUCAGACAGGAGAAAGUCCGUUUCAGGAGGGAUAUUCAGGGAAAGAAAAAGAACCAAUAUCAAUGCCUCAAUUGCAAGAAGGAUCUAAAACCAAUACAACCGGCUAUCAAACCUUAGCACCGGCACCUGCAACUUUUAAACAUGAUAUCGACAGAAAGGAAAAUAUCAAAAUAGCAGCCCAAAAGAAACAAAGGUCAACUUUUAAUAGUCAGCAAUGUUCUUCAAUGACGGAUAUGUCAAAAGACCAGAAUACAGAAAAGUAUACGAAAACAGAUGAAAACAAGUAUACAUUUACUUCUUUUGUAAAUUCAUUACUGACAGAACCAAAUUCUAAUAACGCUGCAAAACACAGCGACCUGGAUCCAUUACAUUCACUGAGAAAUGCUACUCCAUCAAAUGAGAACGGUAUCAGGCCACCUGCACACUGGUCCGAUUUGGGAAAUGAUAAUGUUCUUAAAAUUAAAAUUGAUCCCAAUCAGGAUGUCAGUCAACAAAGGGAAUGGGAAAAUGUACAGAAAAAAAUGAAAUCAACACUACCAAAUGCUAGAAUAAUUUCAAUUCAAAGACUGCAAAAUAUUUUUAUGUGGGAACAUUAUUACCUGAAGAAAAAACAAUUAGAAACUGCUUAUGGGAAGGAUUGUUCUAAUGAGCUUACUCUGUUUCAUGGUACUACUCCAGACAGUUUAGACAUGAUCACGGAACAGAAUCUGGACCCUCGUCUAGCUGGAAGUCGUAAGGGUUCACGUUUAGGACGAGGUGCAUAUUUUGCUGUCUCUGCAGAGUACUCUGAUCAGUACGCAAAGUCCGACAGUAAGGGACAUAAGUUUAUGUUCAUGGUAAAUGUAUUGACCGGCAAAUCUUGCAUAGGAAAAGCAGAGUAUCAAAGACCACCAACGAAUCCAGAUAUAAAACACAGAUUAUUUGACAGCUGUGUUGACAAAAUUCUUAGUCCGAAAAUAUACUGUAUCUUUCACGAUUCUCAGUACUACCUUGAAUACCUUAUAGAGUAUACAUAAGCACACAUUUGUAUUUCAAAUUUGAAAUGUCUUUUUUUUUUUCUCUUUUAACAAACUUUAUGUACAAGUAUACCAAAAAAGUUCAAUUAAUUUGUAAAAAAAGACCAGCAAUGCGAUAAUAAAUGAUUUUUUUGUUCCACAAUAAUUGCAUAUUUAAAAAAUGAGAUUUUAUACCGAGUAUUCAUUCUAGUGUCGUUUGGUUAUUUUUUUUAAGUCUUACAUGUAAGUGAAAUAAAUAACUUACAUGAAGAUUAUAUUUUGGGUUAAAUUUGAUGAACUUUCCGCGAAAUUACAAACAUUUUUGUUAAUAGUUAAUUUUUAGUGUAGUGGUUUUAAUUUGCUUUCGUUGAACUUUCAAGCAAGAAAAUUAUUGUGCUGUAAAAUACCUUUUUAAUGACUGAAGAAAUAUAUAGCAUUCAAAGCUGGAAUCAAACAUCAAUAUUUUUUCGAAUGAUUAUAACUCAUUUAGGACUACUAUAGUAAAAUUGAUGUAAUGAGUCAUAUUCUCAAUUUUCUUUUUGACUCUCGUUUUCAUAUCUAUACAUAUGUCAUACGACCAGAAAAUAAAGUAAAAUUAAUAAGCACUUUUUCGCAAUUUAAAAAUAAGGAGAUGUUGAAUGAUCCUCAAAGAUACUUCACUUCACCAGAGAACAAAAUAUGUUAUAGAUUUAAUGUACACCAAUUCGUUUCACUUCACAAUCUCACAAAACAUUGACAUGUUUUAGAACUAUUAAAAUUUGUUUACUUCAAGUUCCAUAUGAGCUUGUUUGUUAGUGUUGCGGUCAACUGUUUGCAUUUAGACAUUAAGUUUUCAUUUAAAAUAAAUCAUAUUGUUAAUCCAGCUAAUGGAUGAAGCUGUAGCAAGUCAUCAAUGUCAAUAGUGUACUAUCAAAUUUAUCAGGUUUGAGUAAUGUUACAUUAUCUUUUUAUACGAAAAAAUAAUUAUAAAAUUGAGAAUGGAAAUGGGGAAUGUGUCAAAGAGACAACAACCCGACCAAAUAAAAAAACAACAGCAGAAGGUCACCAACAGGUCUUCAAUGUAGCGAGAUAUUCCCGCACCCGGAGGCGUCCUUAAGCUGGCCCCUAAACAAAUAUUCACUAGUUCAGUGAUAAUGAACGCCAUACUAAUUUCCAAAUUGUACACAAGAAACUAAAAUUAAAAUAAUACAAGACUAACAAAAGCCAGAGGCUCCUGCCUUGGGACAGGCGCAAAAAUGCGGCGGGGUUAAACAUGUUUUUGAGAUCUCAACCCUCCCCUAUACCUCUAACCAAUGUAGAAAUGUAAACGCAUAACAAUACGCACAUUAAAAUUCAGUUCAAGAGAAGUCCGAGUCUGAUGUCAGAAGAUGUAACCAAAGAAAAUAACACAAUGACAAUAAUACAUAAAUAACAACAGACUACUAGCAGUUAACUGACAUGCCAGCUCCAGACUUCAAUUAAACUGACUGAAAGAUUAUGAUUUCAUCAUAUGAACAUCAGGCACAAUCCUUCCCGUUAGGGGUUUAGUAUCAUACCAUCAUAACAUAUAUGAGAAGAACAUAACCCGUGUCAUGCCAACAACUUUUUUUAGAAUAAAUGUGUUUAGUUCCGACGCAAAGACCUUAUCAGUGACUCAAUAUUAACGCCAAAAUAUGCAAUCUUUAAUGACUUGACAACAGUAUCGUAAUUAUAUCCCUUUUUAAUAAGUCUAUUCAAAGGUUUUGUAAGUUUCUGAGGUGAAUACUAACACCUUUGUGCUUUAUAAAGAAUAUUUCCAGAAAAAUUGGAUGUGAAAUACCUGAACGUAUAAGAAGUCUGCAUGUUGAGCUAUAUUUACGAAUGAUGUCUUUAUACCGAUGAUAAAAUUUAGUAAAUGUUUUGACUAGUUUGUGAUAUCGAAAACCCUGGUGUAAUAAUUUUUUCAGUAAUACAUAAAUUUCUCUCGUUAAAAUCUAAAACAUUGUUACAUACACGAGCGAAUCGUACAAGUUGAGAUAUAUAAACACCGUAUGUGUACAAAAACUUUUAUUUUACUGAUUAUCAAUGUAUUUGUUACGCGUCACUGAUUUUGUUAACUUAUUUAAUCGAAUAGUCUACAAAGAUCAAAAACUUGAGAGUAUCUGUAUAACAUUUGCUCUAUAUACGAAAUAUUUAAUUUUCUAUUAUGAUCCGUAUUUAUCCAAUUUAGGUUUUGGUAUCGGUCAAAUAUUUAUCUUUUUUUUGGGGGGGGGGAUUUGUUUCAAAAUUAAAAGGUACCAAGUAUAAUCAUUGUAUCUGGUUUUUACCUCCAAAUUGUGGUCUUGCGUGGUUAUAUUCAUAUAAAAUAGACUAAUUUAAUUCAGUAUUUUCUAGUGGAGAUAAAAAAUAAAAUAAAGGCAAUAAUAUUUCUCCACUGUAUAAAGUAUUUGCUAAAAAAUUUUUUUUUAUCUUUAUCUUGUCAAACUAUAAACUAUUACAUGAGAUACACUCUGCAAACCACUCAUUCCGAGCAGCCAUUACAAAAUUGGUUAUAUACCUGGCUUAAACCUAUUGAAGACGACAAUUUUGUAGGAACAGUAUUUCUAAAUCUGAAAAAGCAAAAAGCAUCAUAUCAGUCUUUUUCAUAUACAAAGCCUUAGAUCAUUCAGUGAAAUUGUUCAAGUCCUACCUCUAUUAUAGACAAACAGAAACAUGUGGUUGGGUAAUAAAGCUUCAGAAUCUGAUUGUAUUAAAUAAGGCAAGCCUCAAUGGUCCACUGUAUGUCCUACCAUUCAUAAAUGAUAAUCUUUAGAGGCCCCAAAUUCAUAUAUGCUAAUGAUUCAAACCUCCAUAUUCGUGGAAUAUAUAAUUUCAAAAGGGAAAGAUGAAGAAAAGUACAGAAGCGUAUUAGGGACAAAGUAAAAAAAAAUUGACAUGGAAUUUGUGUUCAAAGUUAACAUUCAUUGUUUUAUUAGAAAACAUAUUUUGUUUCUGUAUUUUAACUUUUUAUGUAGUAAAUAUUUUUAAAUAUGUGAGCCA